GCUUUCCGCGUCUCCAUCUCUUUGCGCGUCUCUGUGUCGGCGUCUCUGCAUCUCCCCGUCUCUGCUCGUCCCUGUUCUGCCUCCCUGUCUCUGGGUCUGUCUCUGUCAUGGUGUCUCAGUGACCCCCUGUCCUCCUCUCCGUCCCCCCCGGGCCCCGGGCAUCUCCCCCACGGCGCCCCCGCCCGGGUGUGCCCUCCCCAGGACGCCGCGGGGCCAUGGCUGCGGGAUCCGAACUUUAAACACUUCUCCCCGGACCGGAGCGGAUGCGCAAACCCCGGAAAACUCUGCAGGGUCAGCUCCGCCAUGGACUGUAGCUGCGUCUCCGACCUUCUCUUCGCCCCGCCCGCUCUGCCGGCUCUCUGGACCCCUGGGUUUGCCUUCCCGGAUUGGGCCUACAAGCCGGAGUCGUCCCCUGGCUCCAGGCAGAUCCAGCUGUGGCACUUUAUUCUGGAGCUGCUGCAGAAGGAGGAGUACCAGGGUGUCAUCGCCUGGCAGGGGGACUACGGGGAAUUCGUCAUCAAGGACCCCGAUGAAGUGGCCCGACUCUGGGGCAUCCGCAAAUGCAAACCCCACAUGAAUUACGACAAGCUGAGCCGGGCCCUGCGUUACUACUAUAACAAGCGCAUCCUCCAUAAGACCAAAGGCAAGAGGUUCACCUACAAGUUCAACUUCAGCAAAGUCGUGCUCGUCAAUUACCCACUGCUGGACGUAGCAGCUGCUGCCACUGGCUCCCCACUCCUGUUGACCCCUGGUCCCUUUGCAGGGGGCCCUGGACCAGAUGCUCCUCCCCUCACCCCUGAGGCCCUGCAGACCCUGUUUUCUGCCCCACGCCUGGGAGAGCCAGGGGCCCGGACACCCCUGUUUACCCCUGAGACGGACAAAUUGCGGCUGGACAGCCCUUUCCCGUUCCUGGGCUCUGGUGCCACUGGCUAUUCCAAGCCCCCCGGCCUGCUGGGUCCUUACGGCCGCGCCUUCCCCGAGUACCCCUGGAACUUUAACCCGUACCUCACAGGCCCCUUCCCCAAGCUGUCCCCUUCUCUCUACCCCCCGCAUUUCUACCCCAACUCUCUGGCCAGUUCCCUGGGCCACCUGCCUACCACGGGAGCAGGGGGCGGCCCUGUGGGUGCACCCCUGCUGGCUGCAACGGGGGAGGGCCAAGGUCCUGAGCGCCCCUCAGGCCUGGUGGCGGCCCCUCGCCUGGCACUGCCAGGGGCUGGGGGACCAGAGACCGCGCUGGGCAGAAAGGAAGACAGUGACUCAGAACUGGAGAUUACUGAUGUCAGCGGCUGCAGCUCUGACAGCGAGGGCGACGAGGGCCUCCUGGUGUCCCCCAAGGCCAAGGCAGGCAAAGGGGGAACCGGCAGCUGAGCCAGUGGGGUGAUGGAUUCUGCCGAGGUGCGGCCCAGCCACCUGUGAAGCCUCUGCCACCUGGUCUGCCCUUGAUGCCAGCCAAGGCCCAGGCCCAGGCCUCGGCACCCUCCCAGAGCCCAGUCUCCCUCCCCAACCCCAGAGUGGGGGUCUUACCUCCCCCUCCUUGGAGGGGGAGGGAACAGAAUGGCCUCCAGCCUCCUCCCCAGGCUCCAGUUUGAGGGGGGUCCCCGCCUGGCCCCACUCCCAAAGUGCAAUAUGGCGCCCAGCCUCCCCUGCCCGCCCCUGUGCUGUGACCUGCGUGUUUGUGUGGCCGUGUCUCUGACCCCCUGUGCCAGCCCCCAUCCUGACACCCUCACACAGGCCCCCCUGGGGACAGGGAGCUCAGAGCAAUAACCCCGCCCCCAGCCCCUACCCAGGAGGGGCCCCCUCCCCACCAGCUCCC